GUAACCUUGUUGUUUCCGGUGAAGAGCCCUUUGGGUGACAGGAAGUGACCUUUUCAAAUAGUCGCCUGCAGUUUCCUUCAAAGACCCUGUUGCGGAUAAAAACGCAGAACAGGCGCUCCGUUUGUCGCACAAACUGCCGCAGACAUGGAGACGGAGAACAUUUUCCUCUUCGUUCCUAAUUUAAUCGGUUAUGCCCGGGUGGUGCUGGCCCUGAUCUCCUUCUUCCUGAUGCCCUGCUGCCCGUGGCCGGCCGUCUUCUGCUACCUGCUCAGCGCUCUGCUGGAUGCCUUUGACGGCCAUGCAGCGCGAGCGCUCAAUCAGUCCACUAAGUUCGGCGCCAUGUUGGACAUGCUGACUGACCGCUGCGCCACCAUGUGUCUGCUGGUCAACCUAUCCCUGCUCUACCCCUCCUACGCCUUCCUGUUCCAGCUCAGCAUGUGUCUGGACAUCGCCAGCCACUGGCUGCACCUGCACAGCUCGACUGUAAAGGGAUCAGCGAGCCAUAAAACCAUCGACCUCUCUGGGAACGCCAUCCUACGCCUCUACUACACCUCCAAGCCAGUCCUGUUUGUGAUGUGCGCCGGGAACGAGCUCUUCUUCUGCUUGCUCUACCUUCUCUAUCACAUCGAGGAGCCGGCAGGCUGGCUCUACUGGCUGCAGGGGCUCUGUGGGAUCAUCUGCCUGCUCAAGUCCGGCAUCAGUGUCCUGCACCUCAUCACCGCCUCCAAGAACAUGGCCGCCAUUGAUGCCGCCGAGCGGGAGAAGGCCUUGAAGAUGAAGUAAGAGGUCACGGGGAGGCGGCGAGAGCUGCAUCAGCAUCAGCAGAUCCGUUGCGGUUUCACUUAUUGUUGUUUUCUUAAAGGGAAAGUUUGUCAGACCGACACGGAUUCUGACCAAAUAUGGAGAAAAAUAUUCCAAAUCCACGGCGCAGCCUUUAAAUCACAACAUAAGCUCAUAAUGCAAACUUAAAGGACGACACGCAUGGUUACAUGUAUGAUAAACGGACAGGUCCCCGGUUACCGCUCUCCUGUUUUAUUACGCUAACGUGAGAGGCGUGUCCGUCGGUGAUGAGAGCGAGAGCUAACGCAGGUGUUCUUUAUUUUUCCGUUAAAGCUGAAACGAGCCGACAAUUCGUAUCAGAUUUAUCGAUUACACCUAAUCAAAUGUUGCUCAUUCUCACUGCCACGCUUUCUCAGUUUUACAUCAUAGCAAUAAUUUAAAAAAAACAUCUGAACGCUUUAAAAAAACAACAACAAAUUUUUAAAUUAAAUAUUUAAGUUUGAACAGACAAAUACGGAGGACCAAAAGUCAAAAAGGAAUUUAAAAAUCACUAAAAGAAUAAGAAGUAAUGUUAAUAAUGACUGUAGGCAGGAAAAAUAAUGUUGCUGUUAUCUGCUAAUGUGUUUAUACAUCCAUCAACAUUUAAAUCUA